AUGGCUGAAAAGGCUGAGGUUCUGAAGGCACAUAAUGACUUUCGAUCCCGGGUUGCUCAAGGGCAACUUUCCGGUUUCCCGGCUGCCACAAACAUGUACCGCAUGAAAUGGGAUGAUGACCUAGCACAGGUGGCCCAGGCGUUCACAAACCUGUGUGAUGACCGGCAUGAUAAAGGAGUGCAGCGGAAAACAUCAAAGUUCCCGAAAGUGGGUCAGAACAUCGCCUGGAAUUACGAGCCAACGCCGACAGAAGUCAUCGACAGCGCUGGCCGAGUGAAGGACUGGUUCGAUGAAUACCAAGACUUCGACCCCGGCAACGUUGAUCCUUUCCGCGUGAGCCCUGGUCGAGUGGUCACUCACUUCACGCAGGUAGCUUGGGCGGAAACACGUUACAUAGGAUGUGGCUAUACGCACUACAAGCUUCGAAACGACGAUAAUCCCAGGUUUCCUUAUAAGAAGCUCUUCGCGUGCAACUAUGCCCCAGGUGGCAACAUGAUCGGCAAAAGCAUGUACAAGAUAGGAGCAGCUUGCAGUGCGUGUCCAACGGGAACAGUGUGUGACAAAGCUCCUGGUCUAUGCUAUACACCUGGAGAGUCGGAUGGCUUGGACAGCAGUGGUGGAAGCACCGGAUCGCAGUGGGGAAUCAUCGCAUUCUUCUUACUAGGCAUUAUCGCCAUGGCUGCUGUUUGCAUUGGAAUAAUUUACGUGCGUUCGAUCACUUUGCGCUCUUCUUACCCGACACAAGAGCCUUGCACGUCGUAGCAGCCAGCUGAAAAGUGAAAGAAGACAACGAUAGAAAUGACUGUUUCAGCCUAUUAUCAACUAAUUUCUUGCCCUGAUUAUCACUGUCAUUCUAUAUGCUCAUUAA